CAAAAGUGUUUGGCGGUGAAGAAGGGUCUCAGGUCUCGCGGUCCACCUUGAUCGAGGUUCCUCUUCUGCUAUCUCCGAUCUACCUCCUCGUCGUCUUUUCUUUGAUCUUGUACACAUACCCAGCAAGGGCUGUUGGACUGUACACACUCGUUUCACAAAGGCAAAGGCUGUGUGGUGUGGUGACAUCUCGCGUUGUCAUUGUCAGGAACGCGGUCCUCCCCAUUCGUCAAAAUCAAUCGCCCCCAGCGACCCAAGGAUUCGCCAUGGAUUUAAUCGCCAAUGGAACGACAUUUACCUCCCCCCUCGCGAACGCACAAUUGAAGUUGCAGGCCGCCAGUGCGUCAGGCAUUGUGGGAAGGAUUGUUGCGCAGUGCAAUGUUUGGACUGUCCUGUUCACAAUUUUGGCCUUACUGGUAACAUACGAUCAAUGUAAGAGAUAGGAGCACGUCUGCGCCGAGGACUACCGACUGACUGUGUCGCAGGCAGUUACCAGUACCGCAAAUAUGGCAUCGUUGGUCCGGCGUGGAAAAUGCCCUUCAUGGGACCUUUCCUCGAGUCCAUGCAUCCUGAGUUCAACAAGUACAAGACGAAAUGGGAGAGUGGCGAGUUGAGCUGUGUUUCGGUCUUUCACAAAUUCGUGGUCAUCGCAUCUACCCGAGAUAUGGCACGAAAAGUCUUCAAUUCUCCCAUGUUCGUCAAGCCAACCGUGGUUGACAUUGCUCCCAAACUGCUUCGUCCUACCAACUGGGUCUUCCUCGACGGCAAAGCACACGUCGAUUACCGCAAAGGAUUGAACGGUCUUUUCACACGUCAGGCUCUGGAGAUGUAUCUACCGGGUCAAGAGGAGGUCUACAGCAGAUAUUUCAAGACUUUUGUCAACGAAUCAAAAGAGAACGGAAUGAAGCCAAAACCGUGGAUGCCCAUCCUGCGAGAACUCAUGACCGCCGUGUCCUGCAGAACUUUUGUCGGUCACUACAUGAGCGACCAGGUUGUCAAGAGGAUCGCCGAGGAUUAUUACUUGAUCACUGCUUCAUUGGAGUUGGUCAACUUUCCCAUCAUCAUCCCAUACACCAAAACCUGGUACGGAAGGAAAGCCUGCGACAUGGUCAUGGACGAAUUUGCCAAGUGUGCAGCAAAAUGUAAAGUCCGCAUGGCCGCUGGUGGUCACGUCACCUGCAUCAUGGAUGCUUGGGUCAAGCAAAUGCAAGAUUCGGCCAAGUACAGAGAGCGAGUUGAACGAGGCGAAAAAGUCGAUGAAGCAGAGAAGCCAUCUCAACUGCUUCGAGAGUUUAGCGACAUGGAAAUCUCCCAGACCGUUUUUACAUUGCUGUUUGCUUCUCAAGACGCCACGUCAAGUGCUUGCACCUGGUUGUUCCAAAUCAUGGCCGAUCGACCGGAGAUCCUGGACAAGGUUCGGGAAGAGAAUCUGAAACUUCGAGGCGGCGAUAGAAGCAAGCCCUUUGACAUGGACAUGUUGGAGUCCAUGGUAUGGACAAGAGCCGUUGUCAAGGAAACCCUACGGUACCGCCCUCCAGUCAUCUUUGUGCCAUAUGUCGCGAAGAAGGACUUCCCAAUGACAGAUGGCUACACUCUGAAGAAGGGUUCCAUGGUCAUUCCGGCUCUGUGGCCGGCAACACAUGACCCCGAGGCUUACCCAGAUCCCGACAACUUCGUCCCAGAGAGAUGGAUCACUGGAGAUGCCGACAAGCAAGUCAAGAACUGGUUGGUUUUUGGCACUGGACCUCAUCACUGCCUGGGUCAGACCUAUGCCCAAUUGAAUCUGAUGGCCAUGAUUGGCAAGGCCAGUAUUUUGUUGGAUUGGGUGCAUGAGCCCACGCCCAUCAGUGAGGAUAUUGAAGUUUUUGCAACGAUCUUCCCUCAGGACCAUUGUAAAUUGACCUUCAGUGAGCGACCAUAAAAAAGAAGGUUGGAGUUUUCGUGGGGUUUUUUGCUUGUCGCGUUCCAGCGAUAGAAUCAUGUCCCAAGGCGAUCUAAUGGCAGUGGUAUUGUACAUAACGACGUGACUGCCGCCGAGAAGGACAGGAUGCUUGCCACCAAUCUUGCAUGAGACCUCAAGGUCGAUGCAGAGAGGAUCCUGAGACGAACGAGCUCAGGACCAUUGGAAACCCAGUCUUAGGGAAUCCAUCAUCCAAAGAUGGGCAUGUUCAAGUGUACAUAGAUCAACCAGCAUGGCAUUGGGCUUGGAUAGCUCAUUAAUUACGGAGUAGCAUUAUGAAUGAUUGGUAUCUCA